AUGAACCACGAAGUAGCGAGGGACUACUGUAUUUACAAAAUUGUCAUGUGCUCUGUCACCUUCUACAGGUUAAAUGGUGUCACUAUGGAGCAUGGAACCACGCUCUUAGCCGUCAAGACCCAUCAAGUUAAGUGUAAAGCUGGAGGAGAGGACGCUGAGUAUGGUUACCCCGGUUACCCCAUCACUUGUGGGAACAGCAGAGCCGUCCUGCUCUUCAAGAAGUUUGUGUGUAUUGAUUGCUUACCUGACAUAAAUUGCCUUGUCUGUUUACAGUUUAACGAGCAGCUCAUUAGUCCCAAGCAGUUUGUAAACUUGGCAGAGAAAGCCACCCUGAAGGACUGGAAGAGGGCCAUCAGACUGGGAGGGGUCGUGCUCAGGAAAAUGAUGGACUCUGGCCAGAUAGAUUUCUUCCAGCAUGACUCCGUAUGCAGUAACACCUGCCGUAGCACUAAAUUUGACGCGCGGAUCAGCAGCACGCUGCCUCCUCCAGGGACCUUGGUGCAACCAGACCUGUCCUGUCUGGCUCCUGUCCCUGCUGGAGGACGUGAGCUUCCUCUGACAGAAAUGCAUAAUGUGAGAGAGGGAAGGGUGUCUUUUGAGGAUUCAUUCAGAGCAACAGCAGAGAGGACUAACGGUCCACAGCAGCUUGCAAACCCUAAAACAGCCGACGGAUGUUCUGUGAAGACAAAGACAGCUGACAUGCCUGAAGGAGUGCUCAGUCUUUGGAGGCGUGUCUCAGACUCUGGGCUGAUGAAGGCGGUUCUGUCCAGUCUCCAACAUAAACUGGUCACCACUUUUCGAGGAGUGGAGCUUUGCAGUGAGAAGGCCAACCUGCAGGAGUCUGAUGUCUUCUUGCUUCAUUCCUUGUGUGAGGUGUUUGGGCUUUUAGACUCCGUGAGACAAGCUGUGGACCUGAGGUGGAGCCAGAGUGGAGUGAGCAACAUUUAUAACCGUGUUCAUGUGCUAGAUGAGAUCUUGAAGGACCAUAGGAACCUGAACUGCAAUAAAAACAGAUCUUACAAAACCACGCCCCUGAAACGCCUUCGACCUCAUCAUCAUCAGAGGAAAAGACAAAACCAGAACUUGCUGUUAACUGAUAAAAGAAGCUUAGUGAUCCGUCCUCUUCCUAUUAAUGGUUUACCUGCUGCAACCCACUCUAAGGUCACUCAUCCCACUGCUCAGAGUCACCUAGUUGGAGGCGACAAAGCAAAAGGGGAAUAG